AUGUCCUCCACGCUAGCGCCGCCGCCGGCGCCGCAGUGCUACGCGCGACUCGCGUCUCGUCGCCGCCCCCCACCCCCCACCAGUAGAUCGCGGCUCGCUGCCCCUUCGCAACCGCGCGCAUCUCCCGUCUCCUCCUCCGCCGCGCCUUCCGUCGCUCGUUCCGCCACCGCGCAUACCCAUGGUUCCCGUCGCUCCGCACUCACACCCGCUCCCGCCUCCACGGCGCGCCCAUCGGCGCGGCGCGCGUUGACCUCCCCCGCGGCGGUCCUCGACGUCCCUUCGCAGCGCGCCUCGCCGGCAGCGUGCCGUGCCGCUGCCGCCAGUGCUGCGGAUGGCGCUGACGUGGCAGGGCGGCUGAGCGCGGAGGAGCGCGAGGCUGUGGGCAGUGCUGACGUGGCGAUCAUAACGAACGGGCCGGGCGAGGUGGCGGCGUGGGUGGCGCCCGUCGUGGCGUCGCUGGCGCGCCUUUUCGGCCCCGACCCCCGCCGCCUCCGCAUCUCCGUGCGCGCUGCUCUCCCCCCCCUCCUUCGCGCCAUGCGAGUGCCACGCUCGAGCCGCGGCAUCCUGAACGCGGUGCUGCUGGCUCGGCGCCUGCGGUACCGCUGCCUCGUGUACUCCGAGGAUGCUGCCCGCUGGCCCUGGCUGGUGGACAUGAGUGCGCUGCGCUCGCCCGUGCUGCUGCCCGCCAUCCCGCCCGCCCUGCUGGCCGCCCGCCGCGCCCGCGUGGUGGGAGACCUCUUCCUCUCCGCCGUCGCGCAGGGGGUGCAAGGGGGGCAGGGGGCGAGGGGCGCACAGGGGGGAAGGGGGGACGAGGGGCGGAGAGGGGAGGAGGAUGAGCAGGGGAGCAGAGGAGAGGGGGAGGGCGAGGAGCGUGAGGUGGUGGUGGGGCUGCUGCCGGGAAGCAAGGACGUGAAGCUGAUGAUCGGAGUGCCCUUCUUCCUCUCCGUCGCCCAUGCACUCAACACCUGCUCUCACGGUCCCCGCAUACGGUUCAUCCUGCCUUUGGCCCCCACGGUGCAGCCGGCGUCGCUAGCACGCUUUGCCUCGCGGCGCCACAACACGCUCAUCGGCCGCCACGCCUGGCUGCCCGCGCGCCUGCUGCCCCCCGCCCCCCCGGGCGCAGGGGGGGAUGCACGGCCCUCUCCGCCAGGGGGGGGAGAGGGGGUCGGGUGGGAGUAUUUAGGGAAACUGGUUGCCGGGGAGGAGGAGGGGGAGGGGGGAGACGGGGGAGGGGUUGAAGGGGAGGAGGGGAGGGAGGGAGGGGAGGGGGCGAGGGGGGGUGAGGGAGUGGAGGUGGAGGUGUGGAGAGCGUUUCCCUCGUAUGCUCUGCUCUCGCAGUGCUCCCUCGCCCUCACCACUGUGGGCACCAACACUGCUGAGCUGGCAGCACUGGGAGUGCCCAUGGUGGUCGUCCUGCCCACUCUCUCACUGGAGCUGUUUCAAGGGGGGGCAGGGGGUGUGUUGGGGUUGCUGCCAGCACUGCUGCCAGCGGGGCCAGCAGCAGCGCUCACUCGCUUCCUCAACGCCUCGCUGCUCCGCUCGCUGCCCUUCCUCGCCUGGCCCAACCGGUGGGCGGGGCGGGAGGUGGUGCCGGAGGUGGUGGGGGAGGUGGGGCCGGGGGAGGUGGCAGCGGUGGCAGCACGCCUGCUGGGGGACGCGCCUGCACUGGACGCCAUGGGGAGCGCGCUCAGGCACGUGGCAAGCGAGUAUGGGGGGGGCAAGGAAAGUGCUGCUGGGGAAGGCGAGGAGGAAGGUGGGGGGAGUGAUGGAGGGGAGCGUGGUGAGGGUGCAGCGGAUGCAAUCGCAGACGCCAUGGCGGCCCUCACCGUCGCCUCCUCUCUCCCCGCGCGCCUAGCUCCGCGCGCCGUCGCGCGCACCUCCGCUCCCGCGUCCUCCCGCGCCGACACUGGCGCAUGCUGUCCUCCUAUCCGCGCAUCCAGCCUCCGCGUGCCCCGCACUCCUCAGACCAUCACUCGGCAAACGCGGACUCCGCGAUUGGUCGUUGCGGCUGCGGGCGACAGGGCGGCGGUGGACUGGGCGGCGGUGCGCACGACGGACCAUCUGACGGUGGGCGACUGCAUGUCGGCCGGCAAGCUCGUGUGCGCGCAGCCCUCCACCACCGUCGAUCAAGCGCUGGAGCUGCUGGUGGAGCACCGCAUCACAGGCAUGCCCGUGGUGGACGCGCACGGGCGCCUGGUGGGAGUGGUGUCGGACUAUGACCUGCUGGCCCUCGACUCCAUCUCCGGCGUGGGGUCAUCCGGGCCGUCCUCCUCGCUCUUCCCCGAGGCUGGCAGCACGUGGAAGGCGUUCAGGGAGAUUCAGAAGCUGCUGAUAAAGACGCGGGGGCGGGUGGUGGCGGAUGUCAUGACGCCCCACCCGCACACCGUGCACCCCUCCACCAACCUCGACCAGGCCGCCAGGAUGCUGUUGGAGAAUCAGCACCGCCGCCUGCCUGUGGUGGACGACAACGGCAAACUG